AUGCAGGCGUUGCGAAUUCUGAUCGCUCUGCUUCUGUCCGGAGUGUUGGGCAAGGAUCUGCAGGAGUGCGAGGAUCUGGGAAAAGGAAGUCAUCUCUGUCGGGAAAUCGAGAGCUUCGAGCAACUGAGUCGAUAUGUAGGAGAAAACUGGACAAGUGUGAAGGUGGUGAAUGAGCACACUGGAAUUGAAAGUGCCGAAGAUGGGGAAUUACCAGGACUCUCCAGGCUUUUGCAUUUAGAUCUAUCUGAAACCGGGGGCGUAACUCUGGGCGAAAGGGGACUGCGGGACUUUAAACACUUGCAGGAACUGAAUCUCACCCACUGCCAAUUGGAGGAGAUGCAGGCUCAGCACUUUCCCAACAAAUCCCAACUUAUCAAUAUAGAUGUGAGCUUCAAUGAUAUACAGAUCAUUACUGCGAAACUGAUGAGUGGCUUGGCCAAUCUGGAGUAUGCCAACUUUUCCAACAACCUGAUAGCGGAGAUAGAACCCGAUGCCUUUAAGGAUCUGAAAAGGUUGGUAUUUCUGGAUCUAACCACCAACGAGCAGGAGAACGUAACCCUGGGUGAGAAUGCAAACCUGCGAUAUCUGUCUAUAAGUAACAACAAUGUGAGAGAUUUUCAAUGGUGUCGCCUGCGGGGAUUGCCCAAAUUGGAGGAACUGCAUCUGCAUAGCAAUUGGCUGGAGACCCUGGACAUGGGAAUAUUUUAUGCCCUGCCUAAUCUGCGGGUUUUAAACGUAUCCAAUAAUAAUCUAUAUGAGAUCAAGAGAACUCUUUUCAUGGCUCCUGGAGAAGAAGCACCGCUUGAGUUGCUUGAUUACAGCUCGAAUAAUGUAAAAGUCCUGGAGGAUUCCGUUUUUUGCAGACUCAGUAAGCUAAGGACCCUCAAUCUGUGGCUCAACCAGAUAAACAGGAUCCAUCCGAGGACUUUUUUGGGUCUAAAUUCCUUGCAAUCCCUUCAGCUGCAGGGCAACAAAAUCACGAUUCUUCCCGAAGAAGUCUUUGCCAAUCUUACGGCCUUGGAGAGAUUGGAUUUAAGUAGAAACAGCAUCAAAAAGUUGGGCAUGGGGGUCUUUGGGAGCAGUAUUCUUCGUAACCUUACAUAUCUGGAUUUGAGCAACAACUAUAUGGCGGAGCUGCAUCCCCUGGCCCUUUCUUCUCUGCCCUUUAUCAAGGAACUCAGGCUAAGGAGGAACAAGUUGAUCAGCCUGGAUCUUCGUAUGUUUGCACCCCUCCGAAAAUUGCAGUGGCUCACGAUCGGCGAGAAUCGUCUGGAGGAGAUCGAGACUGAAGUUCUGGACACCUUCGAGCGCCUCACUCACCUGGAGAUCAACAACAAUAGGCUCUCAUUUUUGCCGGAUCUGAAGUCUUCGGAAAGUCUUCGGCAAUUGCAACACAUCAGUCUGGAGGGAAAUCCCUGGCAGUGUCUAUGCCUGGACGAGAUCACCUCCUGGUUGAAUGUACAUCAGGUUGCCUACGCCCGUCCCAGCAGUGCCUAUUUCAGUGGAAAGAAACCCCUCUGCGUGGUCACGCCUAUGGAUAAGUGUUCGAGGGUCCUUCAAGAAGUUAGGGCUCAGGGCAUCGUCGAAAGCUAUGAGAAGAUUUAACUUACCUUUAGAUGACCUCCUUCAAUAAAAAUUUUAUUUCCAAAAAAUGUCU